CAAUAUGGAUCACGGUUUGCCCAAGUUUUCUCUCUUAGGUUAUGAUGAUUGGAAGAUCAUGAUGGAAGCACAUCUCUACGCUCUACAUGACUGCAUGUGGAUGGUGCUUGAGGAUGGANAAGGAAAAAUGGGAUGAUAGAGAUUGUAAAAAGCACAAUCUGGACAACGUCGCCAAAGCAGCCAUCUUCAAGACACUUGAUCCCAUCACCUUCUCCAAAAUCAAGCAUCUCAAGACUGCCAUGGAAAUAUGGCAAGGUCUUGGGAAGCUAUGUGAGGGAUCAGAGGACUUGAGAAAGCAGAAGAUAGAAGUCCUACUUGAGAAGUUCAAAGGCUUCAAAAUGCUUCCCGGGGAAUCAUUUUAUAUGUUGGAUGAAAGGUUCCACAAAAUCUUGAAUGAUCUUGCCUCACUUAACCACAUUCUUUCUCCCAAAGAAAAGAAUGUAAGGAAUCCUGGCCACUGGACGUCAGCAUGCCCGUACCCAAAAGUGGAGAAGUACGGAGAAAGAGAAAGGAUCGAGAAGAAAAAGAAAGUAAUGGUUGCUGCUGAAAGUGACGAGUCAUCCAGCUCAAGCUCGGAUGAAGAAGCCCUCGUCUGCAUGGAGCGCAGAGUUGAGAAGUCCAACCAUGAGGAUAGGUGGACUAUGUCAGAAGAUGACACUCUCUGCCUAAUGGCCAAAGAUGAUGCUGAUCAAGAGGUAACCUCACAAACCUCAUGCUCAUCUUCUUAUAGCACACCAACUUCUGAAAAUCUUUUUGACCAGUUCAAAAAGAUGAUGAAAGACUUUGAGGAGAUAAAUCUCAAACACACAUCCUUAACAGAAGAGAACAAACUAUUGAGUGAAGACAAUCUCAAGUUGACUGAAAGUCGGAAAAGUCAACUGGAUGAGAUCACUCAACCCAAGACUGAAAAUGAAUCUCUCUCUGAAAAGGUGAAAUCCCUUAACAAAGAGCUAGGGAUACUCAAGUCCCAAGAAGCAGUGAACAAGCUGCUUGAAACGACCAAACAUAAGGGUCGCAAAGGACUUGGGUUUGACUCCUCUAGGUCCAAAAGGAAAGGGAAGACAACUUUCAUCCCUCCUAAACCUACUGCCAAACCUAAUAAGCAGAAAGGGAAGGAAAAGGAGAAACCAACAGAAGUUCCCAAAAAGGGAGUCCCUCCUAAGAACUAUAGGAAGCUGGACACACCUCAAAAAGGAAAUAAUUUCAGAAGAAAACCUUCUAAACCCCAUUAUACACGAGGCUAUACUCAUUAUGGGGUAGACAGGAGUUUUCCAAGAAAUUCUGAGUGGAGAACUAUACCAAGAUAUAGUCACCCUCCACCCCAGAAGCUAUUUGUGCCACCUAAGUAUGCUUAUAACCAACACAAGACACACUAUGCACAACCUAGACAGAACUAUAGGUCUUAUCAACCUAGGUUUGCUAGGAGGAAACAUGAAAUAGCACCUCCUGCACGUAGGAAGUUUUAUGCCUACAACUAUGAUUACAAUCCCAACAAGUUUAGAGCUGCAAGGAAGAUUCCCUGCAACUUCAAACUUGAUGUAGGGACACACACCAUUAACGACUCCGGACCCAAACUUAAUUGGGUACCAAAAUCUUCCUCCUCCUAAUGCAGGAAGCUGCUAAGUACCCAGGUGUCUCGUACUUAGACAGUGGCUGUUCAAGACACAUAACGGGUGAUGCAAGCCUUUUGAGCAAUCCAAUUCCCUAUGAUGGUCCAAGAGUUACUUUUGGAGGAAGCAAUGAUUUCGGCCUCACUAAAGGGCUAGGAAAUCU